CGGCCCCUUCUUUCGGCGGCGUCCAACGGGAAUUUUCCUUCUCUCGCUACAACACCGUUUUUUUUCAAGAAUCCCGGGAAAAAGUAGAGUAGUGAGAGGAACGAAAAAUUUCCGUCCAUCCAAAUCCGUCCUAAUCCACGUCGAUCUUGGAUCACUCAUGAAUUUUUCGUAUCAAGGGUCCACUCUGGACUAUUGGGGGCGUCAUUCGACUUACGACCAUGGAUCGGUUUAUCAUGAGGAGGCUCCACCCACCUCACAAGUGGAAUCGCCUUCAACAUCGCCUUGGUGGAGUUUAGAUGAGGAUGACGAUCUGAAGGGAUGUGUGGAAAAGUCAGGAUACAUCUCUGUCCGACUUCGCCACGGAAUUCAUUUGAGCAUCACCUCCAAUCAAGGUGUUGAAGUGGUGAACACCAAGCAAAAUGUCUCCUUGGCUUUGAGUUCGUGUGGAACUCAAAUGGCCAUGGUGCAUCCUUACGGCAGGAUACUACAAUACAACACUAGGAUCGAGAUUGAAACCGUGAAUGAGGUGUCCGUGAAAAACGCCAAAAUCUGGCCCAGAGGGGUCAGCUUCACGGCAGAUAAUUGCUCAAUGAUCUAUCUACUUGAUGCGGCUGGGGCCCGGACCACCACGGACACCUUUCAUGACCUCCAUAGCACGGACAUCACGAAUGGUGUUCUAACGAGGUCGUGGUAUGCUUCUUUUCAAAGCAAGCCAGAUGUUGUGAACGAUUGCUUGGUUGCGUUGAACAAAUCCCGCCACUGGGUUGACGAUGAAGGAAACGACUUUUUGAAGAUCAACGGUGUUCUUAUCAAGCAAACACGUGAUGGAUACGUCAGUGUUGAGCGCAAAAACGGGUUGGAGGUGUUCGACCUCCGAACCUCUCCCAAUAACGGGACGGUUAGAUUUCAAAGCUCGUUCCUUUACGUAACUGGAUCGAUGGGCAAAGAGGCCCAUGUUUUUGUUAAAUCCAAAGAGAGGCGGAUCCACUAUAACGGAGCCUCAUUUGUGGUGAGAAAUGGUGGCCACUCUGCCGGAUUUAACGAGUUCGGAGUGCUUAAGAUUUGGUAGUUGUUCAAACUCAAGUCAUCGUCUUAGAACCGAAUUAUUCUUUGGUAAAAGAUCAACUUGACCACAUUUGUAAGAAAAGAAAGAUCCAAAAACUGUUUUGAAUGAACUGAAAUUUACUCGUGUUAAUGCAUCUGGAUCUAGAAUACAACAAGGAUGAAGUCUCA